UCUCCUCCUCCAAUUCCAGCUUCUUUCCUGAUCCAAGAGGACGUCAGGAUGGAGAACAGGGUGUGGACUGUGUGCCUUUUGGUCAUUUCUUGGCGGUUCGGAUGGACGGAUGCGCAGAGGACGACUAACAUCACCGACCAUGGGCCACUCUUUCCCUGUGGAGGACACAUGGUCACAGACUCGGGCAUGGUGGCCAGCGAAGGCUUCCCUAGUUUCUACAAACCCAACAGCAAAUGCACCUGGUACAUCACUGUCCCAGAGGGUCACGUGGUCAUGUUGUCAUUCCGCCUCUUUGACCUUGAGGCUGACCCCACCUGUCGCUACGACUACCUGGACGUUUACAACGGCCACUCUCGCCUGGUGCAGAAGCUGGGGCGCUUCUGCGGGACCUUCAGGCCUGGAGCUCUCAUCUCCACCUCCAACACGAUGAUGCUGGAGAUGGUGUCAGACGACGCCACUGGAGGAAGGGGGUUCUUGGCGUCCUUCAACGCAGGGAAGCCACACAUGGAAGAAAACCAAUUUUGUGGAGGGCGGCUGACCAAAGCGCAAGGUUCUGUCAAGACGCCCAACUGGCCCAACUCUAAUUACCCAGCAGGUAUCAGCUGCUCCUGGCACAUCUCUGUGGAGCCAAGCAACGUGAUUGAAGUGAAGUUUGAGAAGAUGGAUUUGGAGGCUGAUACGUACUGCCGUUAUGACUAUGUGGCAUUGUUUAAUGGAGGAGAAAGGGACGACUCAAGGAGGAUUGGAAAAUUCUGCGGCGAUAGACAGCCGGGAACUAUAGUGACAAAUGGAAACGAACUCCUUGUUCAGUUUGUGUCGGAUCUUAGUGUAACUUCGGAUGGAUUCUUGGCAUACUACACCAGCGUGCCCCGUGGGUCCCGUACCCCCACUGCAGGAGGGGACUUUCUUUACAGUCUCAAGACCCCUUCUACAACAAGCAAACCAACUGUAAAGCCCAACAGACCGAUCAAACCAACACCAACUACUAGACCAUUUUUGAGAACCACUCCAAAACCUACUCAGAAACCAACAAUAAAGCCAACCCAAAAACCAACCAGGAAGCCAACUUCAAAACCAACAACCAAACCAACCACAAAACCAGCUCCCAAACCACCCCUGAGACCCAGACCAGGCCUUGUAGUCAAACCCACCCCUAAAACCAUUAAAAGACCGUCAGGGAGAAUACCAUUGGUGAAGAAAAUCCCACUUCAUAGAGCUACUCCCAAGCCUUCAGUCAAGCCCACAUCUAAACCCAAACCAACAAAAGCCACACCCAAGUUACCUGAUAGAAAACCCACCAAAAAACCCACGGUCAGACCCAAAGUCAUAAAAACAACUGCUAAACCAAGCACAAUGCCCACAUCCACACGUAAACCUCUGUUAAAAACUAAAACCACCACAAAACCUCGAGUGAAACCAGUAAAGACAACUCCAAAGACUGUCGUUAAAGUCAAACCGUCGGUACCGAGCAAGACGGUAACAAAAAAGCCUUCCGUCAGCAAGAAACCUUUACCACUGAACCCAAUAUGCACACAACCCUGUAAGAGGACAGGAACCCUCCAGUCAAACUUCUGUCCUCAUAGUUUUGUCAUCACUGGCAAAGUCACGUCCGUAAACAAUGGUCCAAGGGGCUCGGCCACAAUUGAGGUGUCGCUGAUCAAGGCCUACAAGACCGGACAACUCAAAAUAACGAAGUCGGGACCGGUCAAGACAGUGGUGCUCACCUCAACCUGCAAGAGAUGUCCUGGAAUUGUCAAAGGUCGAAACUAUGUACUGAUGGGAAAUGUGGAUGAGCGGGGCAACGGCCUCCUGAGCCCCUCCAGCUUCACCCUCCUCUACAAGCCCGUUCACGCCAAACCACUGGACAUGCUUUCAAAAACAGCCUGCUGACAUCACAGCUCCAUCAGCCAAUCGGGAGACAGGAAAUAUUUUCAAGCAACCCUCUUGAAGGAAUUGUUAUGCAAUCAACAUGUGGCUGGAAAAAAGAAAAACUUUAACAUUUUAAACGCUCAAAGUAUUGCAUUUAAAUUUUGUAUGUAAAUGGUACAGUAUAUUAUUCAAGCAACAUAAUGUUAGAAAGUUACCAAUAAACACAUUUUUUGAUCUAA